AUGGAGUUAAAGCGAUGGCUUGAGGAGCUAGUGAAGGUUGAAGACUCCGACCUAGCGGCUCUAGAGACCGUGCUUUGCGGCGCACAUCCCGGCGGAUUCGGCGCUUACCUGGAGGAGCUCGAGGCCGAGCAAGGCGCGUCGCAGUGCAACGUGGUGUGGACGUACGGCGCGAUCGCGUAUCGCUGCCGCGACUGCCAGAUCAACGACGCCAGGCAGGGCUCAUAUCAUAUCCCAUAUCUUGUGGUGCUUUCCUUUCUGCUGCCUCUCCUCGAGCCUUUCCCCUCCACCAAACACCUUCCCCUUCGACCCUCCCCUCUCUCUUCCUUCCCCACCCCCACCACCACUUCUCCCCUUCUCUCCCCACCGUUUCCCCCGUUACUAUCACAGUGCCAUCUGCGUGAAGUGCUUUCAGGAGGGGGACCACCUGCGUGCAAGCGCCACCGCCAUCAGCAGCACUCAGCAGACACACCCAAGCCGCUGCCCGGGAAUCUCGGGCAGGUGACGGAAACAGCGGUGGCAGCAGUGGUGGCGCAGCUGGUGCUGCAGGUGGGGAAGGCGGUGAAGUCCCCACUGCAACCCCCCCGAGACCUGCUCAAACUGAUUGCCUGGCUUGACAAGGUGAGAUGCUCUUUCCAUGGGGCCAAGGUGAGUGUGUUUUCGAGCCAUCUCAAAGAAAGAAACGGCUGUGGCAGCAGUGGUGGCGCAGCUGGUGCUGCAGGUGGGGAAGGCGGUGAAGUCCCCACUGCAACCCCCCCGGGAUCUGCUCAAGCUGAUUGCCUGGCUGGACAAGGGGCAAGCGGAGGGGCCGGAGGGGGAGGAGGGGGAGGAGAACCAGCAGCACCAACAGAAGCAACAGCAGCAGCAGCAGCAGCAGCAGCAGCAGCAGCCACAGCCACAGCCGCAGCCUCCCUCUCCCUUCCUCCACUUCCUUCUCCCUCCAACCCCUCCGCCGUCCAACUCCUCCUAGAAACCCUUUCAGCGAUGGCAGAGGAGGUGGUGGCACAGGAGGCGACGCUCUUCCUGCUGCUGCUCUACUCGCCCGCCUUCAAGAACGUAUUCUCAGCGCUGCUCAUCCACCAGUACCCACUCCUCGUGCUCUCCGUCCUCCCGGAUCACAACCCCUCUGCCCGCUUCAUCAAAAUCGAAAAGGCCCUCGAUCGAGUGAUGGUGCAGCUGUUCAACAUACCAGAGGUCACCAUGCACUGGGUGCUCUCAGGGGACCUCCUCCAUCUCUUUGUCUCUGUCUUCUGCCGUGUUCUACAAGCUGCCAAAUUACCGACAGGGGUGCUGAAUUGUGAGAGCCCCAUUAUCUGGCCACGGGAAAUAGUGACUCAUAGCAAUCUGCAUCCGCUGUACUCGCGUCCGCUGCAUGACAUGCGGCUCAUCUUCUCCCACACGCCUGUCGUCAACUAUCUCCUCACUCAACGCUUGGAUUGUCUAGCUGACUUGCUGCUCACACUCUCGCUGCUACAGGGCAUGAACCCCUAUGUGCGCUUUGAGUACGGCGACCCCACUGAAGGCACCCGGUGGACCAAGGCCGUCACGCUCGAGAUGCUGGUGAUUGGUCUUAUCGACGCCAUCACAGAGCGCUACACCUCCUCCCCCUCCACCCUCCCCACCACCAUCCUUGCCCCGCCUGCUGGAAACACUGGAAGAGUGGCAGACGCGGGGCAAGGAGAGGUGGGGGUGGGUGCAGAGCAUGCUCUGCUGAAUGGAGCGCGGAUUGCACUGCAGGCCCUGCUGGCUUGGCUGGUCAAGAAUCAGAUCAAGGCAGAAGAUACAGGGUCCAAGACAGUUGCCAUGUCACUGCACCUGCCCUUGCACCGUAUUCUCUCCCUCUUCUUUGCCUCCCUCGUGCACAUCGCUGCUCAUGCUGUGCCCGCCCCUGCUGCUGCUGGUGGUGCUGGUGCUGGUGCUGGUGCUGGUGCCGGUGGCGGUGGUGAUGGGGUUGAUGCGAGCGGCGGGUCAGGGCCAGCAGCAUCAGUGGCUCACUUGCGGCGGCUUCUGCCACUCAACAUGCGCCGAGAGGUGCUGGCAAUGGCAGAGCACCCACUUCGCCUCUUCGCCUGGAUGGCCCAGAUUCGGGCGCGCGAGUGGCACUACCAGGGCGAGGACCUAAGCAAGCUGGAGAGGGUGUAUCGGGGGGGCUACUGGCCGGCUGCCAUGGACCUCGACCUGCUGCUGCUGCAGCUCGUCUCCCUCUUCUCGAAUGAUUCUCCAGCUGCUCUGCUCGCCUCUGCCGUGAAGCACUUUAGUCUCCACGAUACAUUCAGCAAAACCAUCCAAUGCGCUUCUGCCACGUCAUCAGCUUCGUCAUCUGCCCCGAGUGCUGACUGGACAGCAGCAGAGCUCAGCCGAUUGGCUGAUCUGCUUAAGCUUGUCCUGCUGAUCAUUCGGGACCCAAAGCACACGGGAUUUUCAGAGGACUACGUGUUGCGAUACCAUGUCAUUCAGUGGCUUGCAGUGCGCGAUCGCACUCACAGCGAUCUCUCCCAACAACUCGGUUCUUCCCUGGCCAGUCUCCCCCAGCUGAGCGCAGUGCUGCAAGAGGUGGCAGAGCACCACGUGCCGCGGCGCCUGCAGCAGCGCGGGUACUUCCAACUGAAGCCCGCCUGCUGGGGCGAGUUUGACCCACUUUUCCCGCACUACUCGCUUUCAGAGCUAGAGGAGGCUCAGGAGCGGGCAGAGAGGCUGGCUCCCAAGGUGCGCUUCUGGCGAGUGCAGUGCCCUCAGCGACACAUGGCGCCGUUUGAUAGGCUGCCAGACAUGGCUCACACCGAGCCAUGCCACAUUGUGGUGCGCUGUGCUGUCGCAUGCGCUGCUCACCUGCUCGCCUCCCGCAACCCAGCCCAUAGCACGCAAGCGGAAAACAUCGCUCUCCUCGCUACGCAGCUCGUGACACUGGCUGCUACUGAUGCCAGGUCCAACCCAAGCUGGCUGUGGAAGGAAUCUAUGGUGCUGGGCGCACCAGUCUCCUCCUCCCCUUCCCGGCCUCCCGUGUAUCCCCCCGGCUUAUAUUCGACCAAGAAACCUGGCAGCAGUGGGAGCAGUGGUAGCGGUGGCAGUGGUGGGAGUGGGGGCGGUGGAGAGAGCGAGUGGGAUUCAGAGCGGUUGCAGUCUGUCAGAUCUCGUUCCUCUGCCGCUGCUGCUGAUGAUGAAGAUGAUGACGUCGCCUGUGUGAGCUGCUCGCCUCGCUGGCUGGAGGGAAUUUCCAGGAACUUCAACAAGUUACGCUCGCAGUCCCCCUCACGCUCCUCUCUCGACCUUUUCCGCUCCUCCUCCUCCCCUUCGCGCCGCUCCUCUCCCUCCCGCCACUCCCUAGACAUUGCAAGAAGCCUUGAUGACGCUGCCACCACUGCAACUACUGCUUCUCCUGGCCCCCUUCCUCCUGCUGCCGCCACCGCUGCUGCUGGUGGUGUUGACAAUGCCGGUCUCAAGGACGCAAUAGAGCAUGUGAUCUCGCUGCUCAUGACCAGACUCAACCUGCGGCCGCAUGAGCCACCCGGGGAGUCCAAGGCAGAGCAACCUGGGUCUGCUGCAUUAGGUGCAGGAGAAACCGCAGCAGGCAUGGCAGCAGGUGGGACUACAGGAGCAGGUGCAGCAGCAGCAGCAGCAGCAGCAGCAGAAGCAGGGGGCCUGUCGCGGGCGGCUGGAGGAGGGAUGGGGUCGGAUGAGGCGAAGCGGCAGCAGAAGAGGCAGCGGCAGGCGGCUAUCAUGGCUCAAUUCGCUGCUAAGCAGAGCGCCUUUGCCAAGAUGCUGGCAGCAGCUGACGAUGAUGAAGAUGAUGAGAUGGAGGAGGGGAGGACGAAGACGAAGGAUGCUACAGCAAUAGCAGGAGCAGCAGGAUCAGGGGAAACUGGCAGGGCAACAGGCAGCAACGUAGCAGCAGGAGCAGCAGCAGCCCCUGCUGCAGGAGCAGGGGAGGACAUGGAUAUUGAUGGGGGCCGGGCGAGGGGGGCUGAGGGUGCAGAUGGUAAUGACAUGGGUGGAGAUGGUAAACACAUAGAGCAGCAAGGGGACGUGUGUGCAGGGAAGGGGGGGAUAGAAGGGGAUGGAAUGAGGGCUGGUGGGGGGAGGGAAGCAGGAGGGUUAGGCACCCGGAGCAGGAAGAGAGGCCAGGCAGGAGCGGAAGGGGAGGGGAAGGGAGAGGGAGACGCGGACGGGGAGGAUAUGGAGGUGGAUGAGGGGGCAGAGGGAAGAUCCCUUGCUGCUUUCACGUCAUUUGAGCCGGACCUGUGUGGUUUCUGUCAUGCCGAGUGUCGCCCCACACCAACAGCCCCCAUUGGGUGGGUGGCUCUAGCCCAGCCGUACAAGCUACCAGCCAUCAUGCACUCCCGCGCUCAGCCUCUGCCCAACCCUGCUGCUGCUGCUGCUGCUGCUGCUGCUGCUGCUACUGCUACUGCUGCUGCUGCUCCCGCAACCGCCGCUGCUGCUCCUGCCCCCAAUCCUCUUCGUGCUACCGCUGCUGCUCGUUCUGUUGCUGAGCCGAGACAAGAACAGGAAGGGUCUGCUGGUGCUUCUGAGGCAGCAGAAACGAGCUCGGGAUUGAAUGAGCAGGCAGCAGCAGCAGCAACAGGGGGGCAUGGGCAUAACACAGCACAACCUGCAGUGGCAAAUGCAGGCACCAGUACUGCCACUGCACAAGCUGCCGGGAAUGCGAGUGAUAGAGCAGCAGGGGGAGUGGAGUGGACAGUGGGGGUGCAGGUGGAGGGGGCACUGGACACACAAGCCACCUCUCACAUCCGAUGCUGCGGCCAUCAGAUGCAUUUCGAGUGCUACAACCAGUACAUGUCAGCUCUGGUGGAGAGGGCCCGGGCGGAUCGGCCGUACGAAGGCCGUGGGCUGAUAGACCUGGCGAGGGGCGAGUUCCUGUGCCCUGUGUGUCGCCGCCUCGGCAACCUGCUGCUGCCAGACGUCAGGAUGACCCUGCCCCUCGCCAUCCCUCCCACAUCGCUCUCUGAGACGUGUGAAAAGAAUACUUCUAGUGCUGCUGCUGGUGUUGGUGUUGGUGUUGGUGUUGAUGCUGCUGCUGCUGCUUCUGCUGCCGGUGGUAGUGCUGCUGCUGCUGCUGGCGAUGCUGGUUCGGCUGGUUCUUCUAUGAGGAAGACUAGCAGACCCAGUAGACGAGAGAGAGAGACUCAGAGCCUUAAGAGGGUGUUGGAGCGGUUGAGAGUGUUAAAGAGGUGUUUGGAUGAGGAGAGGGAGGAGGGGCGGUGGGAGGAGCGGCAGCAGGUGUGGUGGACUCGCUUCUGGCUGACCAACACCGCUAUGAGCGGCUUCCUUGUCAUCUUCUGCAGCCAGGUACAUGGUUCCUUGUCCCUGCGUAUCUGA